AAUGAAAGACGGAAGAAGUUUGAACAAAUCAGCAAAUAGCUUUCAUUUGGCUUCCGAUUCUAAAAUUAGUAAAUAUAGACAGUCUCCAAAUUCUCUUCGUUCGAGAAGGGUAAAACAGUUACGUAAAGAAGCUGGGUAUGGAGUAGAAUCGUCUAUUGAGCGACCGAUCGGUCGCAAUAGAAACGAAAAUUCUAUUUAUAAAUGGAAUGAUAUGAAAAGCUAUUUAAAAACGAAUCAAAAUUUACAUUCAGUUCAAGUUCCAACUCCGGAUAGUCCAGAAGUUGGUUCAAAUAGGCAUUCUUUUCGAGAGAAUAGCAUAGAUUCUACUCUUCAAAGGUUUUAUAACACAGAUGGAAAAGUCCAACAUUUUAAAGAAAGUCUUACUGCAAAUGAGAAAUUCCCAUCAACGUUAAAUACUUCAAAAGAAUGUGAAAUAAAAGAAGACAAUACAAUUAACGAAAGAGAUCAUAUAUUAAAUGAGAGUAACGAUAAUAAAGAUCAGCAAAAUGUUUUUGACACACAUGCAAAUUCCAAUAAUUUCCAUAUUGAUAAAGGUCCUAAUAAAAUUUUAUCAACACUGAAAACCAUCGACAAAGAGGAGCAACUGGAAAAGGAAUCGUUGAAAGAUGAUUUUCCACAAUCUCUGAAGUACACUACAUCUGCUGCUCCAAAUGAUAAAUCUAUUCAAUGUGAUAAUCAACUCACUCAAGAUCUUAAUUACAGUUAUAUGUUAAAUAGAAUUUAUAAGUUAAGGGAUAGAAUUUCACCAACUAGCAGACCACUAAGACUAUCUAUGAGUCGAAAUUGUCCCCAGCCCGAUAAAAGCUUAUUUCAUAAAACUAAUCAAGUGUGCUCGCCAACAAAGGAUUGUCAUCCUCCAUUGAGGAACUUAAUGAUAAGUGGUGAUGUAACAGUAUCAUCUACUUGUAGCGAAGAGCCGCUAAAACCUUACUGGAAUAAUCCAGCUACAGCAAAUUACGCGAACGACCUUUUCUGUAACGGUACGGAUAAUCUUCAUGAAAAAAAGGAUAUGUACGAUAGGAAGAAUGAUAAAAUUUUAGACAUAACCUUCGAUAGUCCCAUGUUAAAUACAUAUUGGCAAAGUAGAAAUAGUCUUAAGAUUGGAGGCGGAAUUGCUGAAGAGCAACUUAUUAUUCUCAACUUAACCAAUAGAUUUCUGAUUCGAAAAAUAAGAGGAAUAUUUGUUAGUCCUGGCGUUAGUCAAGCCCAAAAAGGGGAAAAAUAUGAUAUGAGACCUAAGGGUACCAUCCUUGAAAUAUUACGAACAAAAGAAAAGGGAUGGGAGCCUUUAAGAUGUUAUGCGGAUUCGUGUAGCAAUCUCUGUCCUGAAAAAGAUGGUUUUAAGAAGGAAGAGGUAGUUAAUGGACCUCAGUUCGAAGCUCAAAUUCCUGUAUGUAGGGAGGAAUAUUUUGGAGGUGAUAAGAGAACUAUCACUAAUUGGGGAAGAGGGCUUGAGCAAGUAGAGUACAACCCCGGUUAUGAAUAUGGAGAUGAAUUUGCAACUAAUGUCAUGUUACAAGAGCAUUUCACGGGAACAUCAAUUAGAAUAAGACUAAUCAAGCCAUCAAAAAUUGAUGAACCAAAAGCGUCUUAUUACGCAAUUGCCGAUUUAGAAAUGAUUGGUCAUUGUAGUUGCUUUGGUCACUCCGAUGUAUGUGAAGGUCCUUUGAAAGAUCAAUGUAAAUGUGCUCAUAACACUAUGGGCAGUAAUUGUGAGGUUUGCAAACCGCUUUUUAAUAAUAGACCAUGGAAAAUUGGCGCAAAAAGUCAGGCUAAUGAAUGUAUUGACUGCGGUUGUAAUGAACACGCAGAUUCGUGUUCGUACGAUCCGGAUAAAAAAUAUGGUGUUUGUAAAAAUUGCAAAUUUGAAACGACAGGAGAUAAAUGUGAAUUAUGCGUUAAAAAUUAUUACGUCAAUCCCGACAUUAAACUGAUCAGAAACGGAAGCAUCAAUUUGGGCGAUUCAACUUGUGAAGGUUUCGAAGGAUCGAAAAUGAUUACUUGUAAUUGUAGUCAAGAAGGAUCUGUCGCAAGUAGUGGAUAUUCGUGUGAAGUUAAAACAGGUCAAUGCCAAUGCAAAACAAAUGUUAUCGGUAGAAGAUGUGAUACAUGUAAAGAUGGCUUUUGGAAAUUGUCUGGUUCUAGUAAUUUAGGGUGCACAUCCUGCACUUGCAAUAGAGAUGGGACAAUAAAUAAUACUAAUCUUUGCGAUAAAGAAGUAGGGCAAUGUAUCUGCAAAGAAUUUGUGCAAGGCAAUAAUUGCCAAGAAUGCAAGGAUGGUUAUUAUUCAUUAGCCGGAAGUAAACCAGAAGGUUGUACGCCUUGUGAUUGUAAUUUGGGAUGGAGUGUUAGCUCAGUUUGCCCUAAAGAUAAUGGUCUUUGCAGUUGCAGAAAUGGUAGAAUAAGGGGUAAAACGUGUAAUGAAGCGGAGCAAGGAUAUUUUUCACCCCAACUUGACUAUUAUAUUUUUGAUUCUGAAAAUUACGGUCAAGAAGCCAAUAUUGUUGAGGUUACAGGUCAUGGAGAUCAAGAUAGUACCAUUACAGGAAGAGGCUACUUAAGUAUGGAAGGAAGCCAUAGCAUCAAAUUCGAUGUUAAACUUCCUAAACUAUUCAAGUAUAAUGUUAUAAUACGAUAUAAAUCUACGGUUGAAUGGAAAGGAGUUAAAAUUGAAAUGAGAGGCAAAGGAGGGUCAGGAGAAUAUAAUUGCCCUGAUGAUUCAACAAAGAUUAAAGCAGCGGAUGUUAUUCCCCUUUCAGGAGAUUUAAAGUCUGAUUUGCGUUUUCUGAAAAUUGGGCUUGUCUGCUUAACUUCAGCUCUGACAUAUGAAACCAGUCUUAAAUUACCUGCUGCUAAUCCACCUAACUCUAAACUUUUAGUAGAUUCUAUUGUUUUUAUUCCGUUAAUUGAAGAAACAAAACCUUACAAAGCUGCGAAUAAUGAAACAAAAAACCAAUACAAUACAUGCUUCGACGCUUCUCUUGGAGUGGAUUUAAAGAAAAGAACUACUGAAAAUUGCACAAGCGUUGGAUUUACUCUUAUGGGAGAUCUUCUCAAUGAACCACUUACCUGCUCAUGUGACCCUCAAGGUAGCUCCAGUUCCAUUUGUGAUGGUCAAGGUGGUCAGUGCCCAUGUAAACCGGGCGUUACAAUGAGAAAUUGUAGACAAUGUAAAGUUAAUCAUUAUGGAUUUUCUAGUGGCCAGGGUUGUACAGCCUGUAAUUGUCACGAAAAAGGAUCAGUAAAGCCGGCGUGCAAUAACAACGGCAUCUGCGAAUGUAGAGCUAAUGUAACGGGAACCAAAUGCGAUUCUUGUAUUGCAGAACAUUGGGGACUUUUUACGGGGAAAGGUUGUGAAAAGUGUACUUGUAAUCUCAAGUAUGCUUUAAAUAAUUCGUGUAUGGAUAAUGGUCAAUGCCACUGCAAACCAGGCAUUGGUGGUAAAGAUUGCACGGAGUGUUUAAAUGGAUUCUUUAACUUGACCGAAUCUUUUUGUACUGAUUGCGAAUGUAAUCAAUUUGGGGCGGUGAGCUUAGGUAGUUGUAAUAAAAACACGGGAGUUUGUGCCUGUAAAGAAAAAGCAACGGGCGAGAAAUGCGACCUUUGUCCAAAAGGCUUUUUUGGACUUGGAAACUAUGGGAAAAAGGGUUGUUCACCUUGUUUUUGUUCUGGAUUUGCGGAGGAAAACAAUCAGAAUUGUUCAACAGCAACAAAUUGGUUCGAAGCUAUAGCUAGAAAUAAUUGGAAUUUACUUUUAGGUCCAACAGCUGUUGAAGAAAAAUGGACAGGUGUAAAUGAUAAGGCUGAAAGAAUAGAUGUUCAAGAAGAAUCGAUUAUUUCAAAUAACGGUGCUCAGUUUGUCAUGAGAAUUGUAAAUCAAGGACCAAACUUACCAUUUGAAAAAUUGUACUUUAAUAGCACAAAAAAAUAUACAGGUGACAAGAGAUCAGCUUACGGAAGAACUUUCAAAUUUACUUUGAGCUAUAAUAUCCCUACUCAACCAGUAAAUUCAACCUACGAGAAUAUAACUGUAAAUGACGGUGACGUCAUUAUCAAAGGGAAAUACAGUAAAUUUAAAUUGGUGGCUAAUCUACCUAACAUUCCUGGAACAGAUCAAACAGAGUAUACAUUCACUCUUCACGAAGACUAUUGGAAAGUUGAUACUGAGAAUGGGAAACAAGCAACUUACGUUGAAAUGAUGCAAACUUUAUCCACAAUUCAAUCCAUAUGCAUAAGAGCUAAGUUCACAAAUGCAACGAACGCUGUAACAACUCUGUACGCUGCUGAGCUGAAAUUUGGGGUCUUUAACCAAACUGUGACAGAAAACGUUGAGGCUACUAAUACUUCAAUAAAUAAUAUAGAAAGUUGCAGUUGCAAAUCAGGCUAUACAGGUCAAUUUUGUGAGAAAUGCUCACCCGGUUUUACAAGAAAAACAAAUAAUGGUGGACCAUUUACUGAAUGUGUACCUUGCGAGUGUAAUGGACAUGAGAUAGGUAAUGAUAAAUGCAAUCCGGAAACGGGUAUUUGUAAUUGCCAACAUAACACAAUGGGUGACCAUUGUGAAAAAUGCAAAGAUGGUUAUUAUGGAGAUCCUGAUAGUACUCAGGGGAAAAAUAACCCAGACGCCUGUAAGCCUUGUCUAUGUCCCGGGAAUGUUGUUAAGCCGGAUUUGAAUUCAUUUGCUAAAGUUUGUACAAUGGAUGGUACUGCCUUGAAUGGUUUCAAAUGUAUCAACUGUACUGAGGGACACGAUGGUGAUCAUUGCGAAAAAUGUUUAGAUAAUCGUUUCUACGGUAUUCCGACAGAUGUUUCGAACAACAACGGAAAAUGUGUACCCUGCAAGUGCAAUAAUAGGGCUGACUCGUGUAAUAGUAUAACGGGUAUCUGUAAUGAUUGCAGGAACAAUACAGCUGGAAAGGAAUGUAAUGAAUGUGCGCCUUUUUAUUACGGUGAUGCUAUGACGUAUGAUUGCAAAAAGUGUGAUCACUGCAAUGGAGAAGGCGCUACUGGCGGCUGCAAUCAAAGAGAUGGAAAAUGUGAAUGCAAAACUAAUGUUGAAAAUUACCUUUGCGACCAAUGCGUUCCUAAUACAUAUAACUAUUCAAGCGGUGUCGGUUGUUCAAAUUGCGAUUGCGAUAAAGUAGGUGCACUGGGAAUUGGUUGUAAUGUAAAAACUGGUCAGUGUACUUGUCGAGACAAAGUUGGAGGUAGAGCAUGCAACGUUUGUCAAGAUACUUAUUGGAAUAUAAACGUACUUACUGGCUGUGAUGCAUGCAAAUGCGAAGAGAAAGGCACAAAAAAUAUAACAGGUGAAACCUUUGGAAAAUGUGACCUAAAAACUGGUCAAUGUACUUGCAAACUACCUGGUAUAAUAGGAAGAACUUGCGAAAAAUGUGCCAAAGGGACCAUAUUUUCUUACAAAUACGUUGAGGGAGUUUAUAAAGGUACUUAUCCCGAAUGUGAAUUGUGCGGUGCUGGUAAAGACAAUUGCUUUGAUAACUGGGCGAGAAAAAUUGAUAAACUGGGCAAAGAUAUAGAUAAUACCUAUAAUUUAUUAUUGAACAUAUGGUCUCGAUAUGAUAAUCUAACUUACGAUAAGGUUCAUCCAACACUCUUAGAAAUUCGAAAUAACAUAUCAGAUACUCAAUCAAGUAUUAAACUAGCUCAACAAGUUAUCUCUGAAUUGAACAUGUUAGAUACGGGAUAUAAUAGCAUAUUAAAGGAUAUCAGUACAUUGAACAGUCAACUGGAACAAAUUAAGAAUCAUACUGAAAAUGUUGAAAAACAAUUAGCACAAUCCAAAGUCUUUGACGGAACUUUUACAAUUAACGGGAAGAAAAAUUCAACUGAUGCCGUAUAUGCCGAAGCGGAAAAAGCUGAAAAUAAUGUCAACUCUAUUCAAAAACAAACUGUAAAAUCCUGGUACGAUAUAUUAAAUAUGACAGAAGUUAUUAGAUUAUCAAAUGGAUCAGCCCAAGGUUUACAAAAAAUGGUCAAAGAUGCUAUGGGUGUUUUAAAUCAGGCCAAGUCGAAUGAAGAAGAUGUCAUUAAGCUAAUUGGACCGUCUUUCAUAGCAGAAUACGAAAAUAAUGAUGAUAAAAUUAAGAAUUUUACAAAUAUUAUCACAGUUUCGUUUGUUAGUAAAACCAAAGAUAUACAAGAUUUGGUAAAUGAAGCAAAAGCUGCAAUAGAAACUACAAACAAAACUGUCCUACAAGCCGAAACGAUAGCAAAUAAUAAAUUAAAUAAUAUGAAAAGCAAAUUAUCCGAAAGUCAAAUAAUUAAAUUUAAUUCAACUGAAAGCCAAAGGUCAGCUAACAUAGCCAAAAGUGCAACGUCUGACUUUAAAACAAACGUCGCCGAUAAAGCUAAAUCUGACUUGACCAAAGCUGUAGAGGAUAUAGCAACAGGUUUACUCUUUUCGGAGGCCGUUGAUCAGAAUAUAACCGAAGGUCAAAAACUAUCUUCUCAAAUACAGAGUAUUAAUUUAAGGUCUAUAGCUGAAAUGACAAACAUAGCCACUGAUAUAAGUAAAGCAGCUGUCUCCCAAUCUGAAGUUGAAGCAACUAUUAAUGGGGCAAAAAAUGGACUGACAAGAGCUGACGUUGCUAAUAAAAUAACAAAGGAAGCGACUGAAGAAUCUCAUAAAGCAUUAGAACUAAUGAGAAGGAUUCAAGGUAACCUCCAACAAACAAAGAUUAUUAAUGGAGAAGUUGAACAAUUAAAAACUGAUAUCUACAAUGUAAACACAACAAUUCUUCAAUCAAUUAACAAAGCAAAUGACAAAGCAUCGGCGCAUUCAACUUUAGCUAAAAAUACACAAAGUACCAUAGGUGUCGCCAUGAAAACUAUUAAGGAAACAUCAGAUAAAUUUUUAUCUCAAAAGAACAAAAUAUCAGUUGAAAGUGCAAAAAUUUCAGAAAAUGAAAAGAAAUUAUCAUCAAUCGAGACUUUACAAAAACAAAUUAAGACUAAUCUACAAAAUACUACUGCCGAAAUGAAAAUAUCAGAAGACAUUACUAAAAAGAAUACUGAGAGUUUAGACAAAAUUGAAACAAAUUUCCAACUUAUAAAAGAUCAAAUACAGCAAGUUGAUAAUAUCAGUACAGUACAAAAAUUAUUAAGUGACUUCAAUAACCAGAAGAAUCAGCUAAACGCAAUGAGAUCUUCAUUGGCGACAUUAGAUGCAGAAAUAACGGCUGUACUGGAUAAACUGCGAUUGUAUAAUCAACAAUCAGCUGUUUGUACACACUAA